AACCGACAAUAAUAUAUGGAUUGAGAGCAUCUGGCAACACUGAUACAGGUCAAACGAAGAAGAAGAAGAAAAAGCGGGAUGGACAAGGGUGGGCAAGGCUUGAUGGUUAAUGAGGAGAUUUUGUAAACAAGCUGUCCAUGGAGAGAAGCAGUGAGGGGGAUGUGUGCACCACUUUUGGUGCCAACAGUUUCUAUGGCAGCAGGCCGGGUCCCUCAGCCUGCAGCUCCAGGAUGCAGGACAGACUUGUCCAGAUGGCUAAGGGCGCAGAGUACCUCAGCCAGCAUCCCCAGCCCAGCGACUUCCGGCCAGGCAUCCUUGGGCCGCCAGCAACUUGGAAAGUGUUCACCAGGCAGGCUGAGGCCAUCAAGUUUUCACAGGUCAUGGGGGAAGGCCUCAUGGUGUUUUCCUUUGAAGGGGAUGCAAUAGGAUCUGGUGGUAAGAGGAACUUUGUGGUCACACACCCUAGUCAAAUGUGGUUGAGACAGAAGGAGCGAGUCCCAGGGAAAAGGUGUACCUAUGAGGUGAUUCAAGAAAAGUCUGUGUGUAAACUUUACUUUGACCUUGAAUUCCUGCAUGCCCACAACCCAGGGAAUGAUGGGUUGGCCAUGACCAACACUCUCAUAGCUGUUGUCUGUUAUUUCCUGCACCGAGAGUUCAAUGUCACUUGCUCAAGAAAAAAUAUACUAGACCUCACGGGAACAUCUCCCCUCAAGUUUAGCCGCCACUUGAUUUUUAAUAUUCCAGGUGUUGCCUUUGCUAAUAAUGCACAUGCUGGAUCUUUUGUGAGGAUGGUCUGUAAUAAAAUCAGACUCUGGAGUGAGGGCAAUAAUGCAGUUGAAAUUCCAGGUAUUUCACUUCAGAAUGUAAAGGAAUUACUUGUUUUUAAUUCCAAUGAUAAAAAAGUUCUCUUUUGUGACGAAGGAGUUUACUCAAAAAACAGGAACUUCAGAUUGUUUCUUUCCACCAAAUUAGGACAGAAUUUCCCUUUAAUUAUUGCCAAGGAGAAUGAGUACCUCCUAAAUCAUGAAUCUGGAAGCUGCAGAGAUGAACAAAUCUUCUUUGACUCUUUGAUCACAUUGGUAGACAGCAGCUGUAAGAUUCUUUCUUAUACAGAGGAUGAGCAGCUCCCACAGGAACAAAGAAACAAUGGUAAAGGAGGCAACAGCAGAGGAAGUGUAGAUUCUGAUGUGGAUGGCAUCAGACAAUCACCUUUUCCUGAAAUUGAUGACUUUAUUCAAGGUGUAAUUGGUUCAGGUUACAUCCCAAGUUGGCAUUAUUUCUCGCAGAGUGAAGUCAUAGUGUACAACAUUGCUCACUACAGAUUUUGUCACAAUAUUGGUAGAGAACACAAAAGUAAUAAUAUAUUUUAUGUGGUGAGCUUGAAGUCUGCCUCUUAUUACCAGAAGUGCCACGAUCCUGACUGCAGGGAUUUCAGGUCACCUUCUUGGCCCCUUCCUAGGAGUGCAGUGUUCUGGCACUACAUGAGUGAGGAGGACAUGAUGGACUGGAUUCACUCUGUUGAGGAAGAAGUCAGCAGUGAUGAGAAAGCUGUCAUUAGGACUGAUACAAUCGAGUCAAAGGUUGAACCAGAUAAUCGACAAGCAGAUUCUGUUGGUGCUAUGAAAAAAUGGGAUCGCAUGGAAGAAAUGAUCCACUCUCAGAGCAGCCAGUCAUCAUCGAAAAGCUCACAAGGAAGUUCCCUCUUGAGUAACCCAUGGGAUAAACUGUCUCAAUUGUCCUCACCUGAUACUUCAUUUGUGGAGAGCUUAUCUCAGGUGCAGCCUCACAGCUUGGAUGCCAGAGAUCAUCAGGGUUCAUUGAGAGGAAGAUAUCUACCUUUUGAUACUGAAUCUGAUGAAGACUUUCUGAAAGCAGUUCUUUAUUCUGAAGAACAAUUGCAGUGUGUCAAUACUGAGAUGGAAAUUACUCGUUGAUCUAUAAAUAUGUAUAUCCUUUUCCUUGUAUGUGUGUGCUUGUUUGUUAGCAUGCCUCCAUGUUUGAACUGUGUGUGCAAACUUUAUAUAUGUAUUCAGUCUGAGUAUUCUGAUUAUUCAUGUAGUGUAAGUGAUAUAUACUCUGUAUUUUUGUUAUUUAUUUCAUGCACUUUCAUCUCAUUGUACAUUGAUUUCUCAUUUCUGGCAUUCACCUACAUUUCUUUCUAUAGUUCAAGCUUCUUGAAGUGACAGUACAAAACUAUCAUAUUUUCUAAAGAGUUUUCAAAAAUAAUAUAUUUUGUAUUAAAUACAUUGUUAGUAUAGAUCUGUUUAGUCAUGAAGUACCUUCCAAGGUUAUUUGCUUCUGAAAGCACUUAAAAAUCAAUGAACUAAAGAGAUUCACAUUUCUGUGUGUUCAUUCAUUGCUCUCAUGCAUGCCGUUAUCAUCAGCCUUUCACGCCUCUGCUUGUUACUGCUGUCGUGCCUUCAGUUUUUCAUGCAUGAUGAUAACAUGCCAGCACAUUUUGGCUUCUUUAAUAGCAUGUGUCAGUCAUUACUGUAGUAAUGGCAGCAACUACAUUAAAUACUGAUUCCAUUAGAUGUCAGUUGACGUCUUCCAUCCACCCCAACAUUUUAAGUUUUAGAUAACUGUAAUAUUUCCUUGUUCUAAGCAGGUGCAAUACAUCACUGCCUAAGUGAUCUUUUGCCUCUGCCUUUGAUAAAAUAAUUUAGCCUACUUAAAAUUCUGGGAACUAAUUAAAAAAAAUUAGAUUAAAUUUAAAAAUUAAAAUACCUACCAAUUUGUCUGACUUGGUCAUAGCUUGACCAAUUGAGUUUUCUGUAAGUUAUUAUGUACAAAAAAGCAAAAUGUGAAACACCAAAAGUGUUAAACUUUAACAAACCCUGCAAGAAAAGGGUUUGUGGAUCAUUAUCUCAGAUAUCUUUGUAUUUAGGUUUGUGAAGGAAUGAAAACAUUGUUUACAUUUAUUUCAGUAAUUAUAAUUUUAUUUGCUACUAUGAAUGAAUGUAUCAGAUGUAUUUUAUUGAUAAAAUAAUAGAACUUGUAAGUUGAAUGUUAAUUUGAUUUACUGUGUAGCCAAGUUUUGUAGAUUACUUUUAUGUGAAAAAUUGGUUUAAAUAUAUUUAUAACUGAAGGCCAUUUUCUCUAAUUAUUCUUUAAUAACCAUGAAUUCUGCAUGGAAGUCACAAGAUGCAGAAAGUCUUGAAGUAG